ACCCUGUGGGUCAUAGGUCAGCUUUCUUGUGAAAGUUACCGCCAUCUUCAAAUUUUCUGACUGCCAAGAGAUCUGUCGUCAAAAUCUACUGUCAAGCCGUUCUAAACCGGUUGUUGAUGUUGCCAUCUUCUGUGUCUUGUUGCAAGAAAAUUCCUACCAGUCUAUGCUGAUAUGAGGAAAGUGUGUGCGAGGUUGUAAGUUGGAUGCUCCAGCAUGACUGACCUCCUGACCCAUGACCUGAGGGACUGCUGCUGUCAUCUGGAGUCAGACAAGGUCACAGAAAGGAAGAAAAAUGCGGAGAAGCUGCGGUCGCUCCUGUCCAAGCCUGCGCUGGUCGCUCUGCUGGACAAGAACUCCGACAGCAGGAAGAGUGGGCGUGGCCUGACCUGGGACGGCAUCUUCAAGGUCAUUCGGGGUCACAUCCAGAAGGAGGUGGAAAGCCUAAGGAAUGCCAAGUCCGCAGUGUCUGCCUCAGCUCAGGCCAGCAGAGACAAGAAGAAACAGGAUGCCAGCAUGCUCUUCAAGUUUUUCGUCAGGGUAGCAAACAAACGUGGCCCCCGACUGAAGUGUGUUGAAGUCAUCCACCACAUCCUAACUAUAAUGGAAGACCCCUUCACAGCAAAGGCCCUGGGGAUGGACCAUUGUACCAUCCUGAUGAAGGACAUCUUGUCGGUCAGGACGUACUGGUCAGACAUCGACCACAAGCUGUGGCGCGAACUGCUGCUCCUGUUCUGUCGAACCCUGCUGUGCCCACCUGACCAGUUUGAUCGCACGCUCCUGGCUCGUACCCUGCACACACUGAUGCAGGGGGCCUCCGUACAGUGUAACAUCAGGGGCAAAAACCUCUUCAGAUUCUUCACUGAGUACAUGAAGAAUGCCAGACAGGAGAAGAACGUGGCAGUGCUGGAGCCCCUGGUUUCCGCCAUGAACGUGUUCUGUAAGACGAUGUCUGCAGACUGCAGGGGUCAGAUCUGUAAGCUGGGGGAAGCCACCGCCCUGGGACUGCUGUAUGUGUGGAACAAUAGGCCACCAGUGCAACUGAAGGAGGAGAUUAUAGAGUUUUUCAGAAUACAAAUGUGCGCACACCACCCCAUGGGGGCCAUGUCGGAGCAGGAGGGAGAAUACUCACACGACCAAGACGUCUGGAAGAGCCACUUGAAGAAACUGUACGACGCCAUCUACAACGACCUUGAGCAUGUUGGAGGUCGCAGCCGGUUCACCUCUGUAACCAAAGACUCGGCCCUCAGCCCUGGGUUCGUGGACCUGGCAGCAGAUGUGUUUCACCAGCUAUUUUUGGACCAGCAGCCAGCGAUAGAGGUGACCCAGAUGACCUUGAGUACUCAGAAGGUCGGGCGGGGUCCCCCGGCGAAGAGGCGUCGGCUUGAGGUGGGCUGGUCCAUGGUGGUGGACGUACUCAAGGAGAUGAGAGGACCAGGACUCAUCCCAUGGCUACAGGUGUUAACCAGUCUGCUCCAGAAGUAUCCCAGAAGUGUCCCUGCUGAUCAGGUGGUGCCACUGCUGGCUGCACUCAACAAUGCACAGGUGGAGUGUAAGAAAGGUGAUGUCUCCUCCCACAUCCUGUCCUGUCUGGAGGCCCUGGUUCCCAGCCACCAGUACCACAGAGGUGAGGAUGAGGACCUAGCCCAGGUGUGUGGCCCCCUGUGGAGCUCCGUGUGGACCUGUACCAUGAAGGCUGUGAGCCUGCACCAUGCCGAGGACCAGGCCUUCUCCCUGCUGGGGUGUCUGGUGCAGGAAAAGCUGGUCCAGCCAGACAGGGAGGUCUGGAGACUGCUGUGUGCUUCAACACCAUCCAAGGCAGCAGUAGAAUUCCUGGCUGUUUUCCUUAGCUGCCAGCCUCUUCCUGAGAGCUUCACACCUGCCAACCUGCCCAUGGAGCGACCAAGCGACAAUGCCCCCUAUCCACUUAGACAUGAACUGCUCCAGUGGCUCUUACCAACUGAAGAUGCAGAGGAUGUGGAUGGAAUGACCAGCAACAGUCAAAAACAGUUCACCAGCCCUGAGACUGGCACCUUUGCCCAGGUACUGGGUGCUCUGGUCAUGCGGGACCACAGGACGGUUGUAUCACUGCAAUGGAAAUCACCGACCAAAGACAGCCUGACUCAGCAGCUACAAGACAUGGCCACCCUCUACCUGAAAUCCUCCUUCGUCCUUCCCCUCCAAGAAACACCCCUACAAGGAUGCAAGAUGGUUGAACCCGUGGGCAGCUGUAGCUCCUUACCAUCAGUUUUGGAGUCUCUGUUGGCACAUCUCACAAGAAUGUCCAAACAGCUCCAGAAGGUGACAGAUGUCAAGCCCACAGAUACAGAGAAGCUGGUAGAACACUGCACCUUGUUGAUGAAGGUGAUGUGUUUCCUGGUGGCCAGGGGAGUGUGGAAACCACAGGAUGUUGCUGGGUCUACUCUGUACCAAGACACAAAGACUGCCUUGAAGCAAGUCACCACCCAGCUGUCAGAGUUCCUGAAGAAGGAGGGGGAGGGGCCACAGGCUGUGAUUGACAGCUUGCACCAACUGUUUCUCUGGGAUACAGCAAAGGAAUCAAAAGAAGUUGGCCAGCUGCGCAGAGCCAUGCUGAGAGCUGUGGUGCCCAACAGGCUGAUAGACCUGCUCAUUGACAUGGCCUUAGGCAAGAUCUCAUUUGUUAAAAGCUGCAGUUCAUCAUCUGCUCGGCCGUCAAUUACCACAGCUUUUGAUGAGGAUUCUGACGACUUUGACGAGUUUGACAACUUCGACAGUUCCCAUGGAAACGGCAAAAGUCGAGUAAUGGGCAGCUUUGAAGAUUUUGAUGACUCCCCACCAAGUCAACAGGAGCCGCAGAGCAAUGGAGAAUCAACUUCAACAGGCACUACCAGCCUGUUGGACCCUGAGUCACUGACGGAGGCCCACAGACUGAGAGUGCAGGCUGUGCAGGUGGUGUGUGCCUGGUGCGUCGCAGCUCUGGGGAACUCUGGGGACGUGAACUUGGGCGGGGCUGCCGACCCUGAUCUCAUCAAGGAAAAACUCAUCCAGGAGUUCUGCAAUGAGGACUAUGACAAGUUAAAAGCUGUUCAUCUUCAAUUGUUUCUACAAGUUGGUGAGACUCUGUGUGGACCAGACGUGCCUCUGUAUGACGAGGAUGUGAAAAAACUGAUACAAACCAUCAGUAAGACAGUGUCUCACUACCGGCAUGACCAGACUGUGUGUUCCCGAGUACUGCCCCUCCUGACUUGCCUGAUACCCAGACUACAGGACUGUGAUGAUGCAGCGACCAGGGAAGGGGCAUGUACUCUGCUCAGGGCUGUGUGGAUUCUACAGACUGAAGGACAGUACACAGGCCCAGUAAGGAUGGCUAUUAUGGAGUGUAUGGAAGCACUGAUAAAGGUUGACCCCUGCAGUGAUUGGUCCACCCUGACCCUGCGUGACGAGCGGAGGAACGACGUGCCGUGCCCGCUGAGUCAGCUGUUUCCGCAGCUGCUGAGGGACAAGAGUCACCACAUCUGCAUCAGGAUGGCAACGGCAUGCUUACAACUGUUCCAAACUGUGCAUGUGAAAACCAAUGGAGACAGGUGUCUGAAGCCUGCUGACAGAGGAGACCAGGAGAAGGUUUUUGCCUCCAUCUACGAAGCUCUGCAGGAAACCAUGACUGUUCCUGGGAAGCUCUCAGCUGAUGAGAUCGAAGACGAGAGUGCCAACAGAGUUGCCAGCAUGUUGGCCACCCUGGCUGCUGUAGCCUGCAGUUCCGCCGCCUGUGAGAAGAGGGCGCUGUUUGCCCUGUUCCAGGUCACCAGGAGGCCCUCCCAGGGGGGUGAUGAUUUGACCCCUGACCUGGAGACGGGGGAGGAACAAAUGGAGCAGGACGGGAAUUCCAUGUCUAACGUUGCUCCAGAACUUACCAUAAAGGUACUACAGCAGAUAGCCAGGUACUUCGGCCACCCCACCUGUGGAGCGUACCUGUCUGAACACCUGGGCUACCUCGUACACCAGUGGGUACAUGAGGGGUACAGGGUCAUCGACCUACAGUACACACUGAUGGGGUACACCUGCAGGAGGGACUUCUACAGGGACCAGUACAACACUAUUGUCCCCCAUCUGGUCAUGCAGAAGGACAUGGAGACUGUGAGACACAUCGCUGAGGAGCUUGAGUGUGAUUGGGUGGCUCUGCUCCACUCGUGCUUCCCCCGCAUCAUCGUCAACGUGCUCCCACUCUUCGCCGAGCAGGGACCCGAGGAGCAGUCCGACAGGAGCCUGGAGCGCGUACAGCAAGCGCGGGAAUGCCUCGACCUCAUUGAGAAAUCUAUAGGAGGGGAUAGUGUCAACAAACUUAUCCAGAAACACCUGGACGACAUCGUCAUCGAACUGUUGAUGACAUUCCACGAGGUCUCCAAAGAUGAUCCAGACGUCAACCAGUUCAUCAAAGCGUCAGACCCGGAGCCCAACCCCCCCUGCUUCACCUCUUACACCAUCCGCGCAACCAUGGACUAUCUCACCAGCUGCCACGCCAGUCGGCAGAAGACGGCGAUCGUCCUGUUGGCCAAGUCUCAGCCAGACAGCUUACAGAGAAUACUGCUCGCUCUCUCAACUAGGAUGACAAAGACACAGAGCGUCCAUGAGAAGCGUAGGGUUCUAGGGAUGUACCAGCUCUUCACUGCCCUGCUGUUGUCGGACCUGGAGAACCUGGGUGGAGUCUGGGUGUUUAUCCUGAGGGACGUCAUCUACACACUAGUGCACAGGCUGCAGGAGGCACGCAGGCUGGCAGGGAGUGGGAAGACAGAAGAUGGUGUGGAGUUGUUCUCCCUGUCCUGUGACAUCCUGUACACGGUGUGCCAGGAGGCCCUAAGGUGCUGCGCUGAGUCCAUCGUCCGGCAUCUCUCCGCGAUUGUCGGUGCCCUAAUUCCUUAUGUGGAGAGUCCACUAGACAAGGGGAGGCAGGCCGUCAGCCUUAUCAACUUUCUUAUCAUUGACAAUGAAGAGACUCUUCAUGAGGCAAUCAGCAUUCUGGACCCCCUGCCAGAGUGUCGAUCAUUGAAGAGGGCAAGGGAGGUGCUGCACCGCGCCAGGCUGCAAGGGGGCGUCGUUGGCCUUAAAGAGGAGAUCCACCACUUCCUGCGAGCGGUCCAACUCUCGCCAGGAGGCGGCAGUGUGGAGAGCUUCAGAAGCCUGCGAGCCAGGCUAACCAAGGAGAAAGACCAGCUCGCAGCCAUCUCAAGUGGCCAGCAGCGCGGUGAGACGGACAUCCUGAGUCAGUUGGUCUGCACCCUGAUCAACUUCUGCUGCCAGAUGUCGUCGCAAGAUGUCUCGUCAUCUCAAGACGUUGCACAGAAUGUCUUGCAGGAAGAGGUCGGCUUGUGUCUGGGAGAGAUUGGGGCAGUUGACCUGACUGCUAUAGCCUUGAAGCAUGGAGCACAGAAGACGUCUGCAGCCAAGGCUAUGCAGGUGUUCAGCCAUGACAGCACCAUGCAGAGGACCUGUGUGAUCAUGCACCUCUUGGAUGAGUACCUGUUGGAUGAAGAUGUGGACGUUGUUGCAGCAGCAGGGCAAUGUCUGAAGAUGAUCCUGUCAACAGCUGCAGGUACGGAGUGGUACAGACAUUACAAAGAAGGACUGAAGGAAGAAGGAACCCUCCUGUGCUACCUGCAGCCUUUCAAGUUACAGAAAAGAAAGCUGCCUCUCCCACCAGUGAAGACCUGCACCGAUUCAGAGUUCACCUCAGUGUUUGGGAGAGCCUCUCUCUGGAUUCCCGAGCCUGGUUGCCAUGGCAACUGGAUCACAGAGUUGGUGUGCAGUCUGAUUGACAGCGGAGCCGUUCAGGAUGAAGUCCUUCGUCUGCUGACACCUGUCUGCAAGGUGAAGGUGGAUUUCUGUGAGCAGCUGCUGCCUUUCCUGGUGCACAGCAUCCUGCUGCAGAGCAGGGACAGUGUGAGACAGCUGCUGUCCAUGCAGCUGUCAGCCUUCUUCUCCAGGCACUGCCAGACUGCUGAGAUGGCCAGUCGCUCCGCAACACCUCUUCCCACACAAGCUUCUCAGGUUCUUCCCAGUAAACCGGCACUAGACCAGGCGUCCGUGAACACCAUGCUGCGUGUGGUCCAUUACCUCAGGCAGCAGGAGAGACCUGCAAGGGACAGCCGUAAGGCCACACCCUGGCACAACAACUUCUGGCUGGACCUGGACUAUCUGGAGGUGUCCAAGGCUGCCCAGACCUGCGGGGCAUACUUCACAUCACUGCUGUACAUGGAGAUCUACUGUGAAAAAAGAAAGGCAGAAGAAGACUCCCAAGGCUCACAGAGGUCGCAGGGAUCCCAGGGUUCACAGGACAGCCAGGGUACUGCCCUGUCCAGCCUCAGCACCCUGUCUGCCAAUUCUAGCCUUACUCUACAGUCCCUACUAAUGGAGGCCUACUGCCACAUCGGUGAGCCUGACGGAGUGUACGGUUGCGGCGCUGGCCGUCUCACGGACACGUCUGCACGAAUCGUCACGUACGAGCAUGAGGGGAAGUGGGACAAGGCUCUCGGCGCUUACGACCUCCAGAUGUCUUCUCCGACCGCUGUCAUACAAGCUGGCGUACUGGAUGCACUCAAGAACUUUGGCUGUGGCCAUGUUCUCAACAUGUACUUAAAGGGCAUCAGGUCAGAAUGUGUAGCAGACAGCCCAGAGCUGAGAGAGGCCCAGUAUCAGGCUGCUUGGAGGAACGGCAUUUGGGACUUAGACGUCGACUCAGGCAUGGACGCCAUACCUGGCUUCCACAAGGGUCUGUACACAGGCUUGUGUGCGGUGAAGGAUCGGGACAGCACGUUGUUUGAGACCAGAGUGAAGCAGGCUAGAUUGAGCGUGGUUGGAAGGCUAGCCAGCACGGGUUUGGAAAGUGCCCGAAGCGUUUAUCCCCAUCUGGUCAGACUGAGGUGCCUGAUUGAAUUGCAGGACUUCAAGACAUUAGUGACAGACUCUGUGUCCUGUGACGAUGCCAGACAGCUUGUGCAGAAGUGGGAAGCACAGACCCCCCUUCUGCAGAAUGACUUUGACUUCGUUGAACCUGUCCUGGCCCUGAGGAGCACCCUGCUACAGCUGGCUGGGGGUGGGGAGAGAGGGGCAGGGGGUGGGGGUGGUGAGAGGGGGGCUGUGCUGCGGGAGGCUCUGCUCACACACCUGGAGAGACUGGCCAGGUGUGCCAGGAGGGCUGCCAGGUUCCAGGUAGCGGAGAGGGCCAUACAUACCCUUAAGCAGUUGGAACAGUCCGAGAGCACCACUUGGUCCUGGCAGCUGGAAGAGGCCAAGUUGUACUGGUGUAGGGGGGAGCAGGGUGCUGCCAUCCACAUUCUGAAAGCCCUGAUCAGCAAACUGGAGCUGGAACAGAUCUCGGACGACAACUGCACGGCAACCGAGUUGUUCCCACAAGCCUUAGGGCUGAACGGACACUGGCUGGCUGUGACACAGACGGAAAGUCCGUACAACAUUUGUGAGGACUACCUUGCGAAGGCUGCUGACAUGAUGUCUAGAAUGGAGCAGCAGACGCCAGCGGCGCUGGAAGCCUACCUCGCUCUCGCCCGCUUCACAGACCAACAGUACCAGGUUAUCGUAAACUACAUGAAGUCCAGCACCUACGAGGCCAAGAAAGACAUGAUCGAAAGAAGCAGGGCAGAGGUGGAGAAAAUGACGCAGAGUGGGGUGGUAGCAAAUAGGUACUUCAAGAUAAUGAAAAGACACAUGGUUGAUGGCAAGGAUGAGCUGGAAGGGUUAAAUGAGGACAGAGACGCCUUCCUCCAUAAAGCCAUGGAAAACUACAUCAGAUGUCUGAGGGCAGGUGAUGAGCACGACCUGCGAGUCUUCAGGCUCUGCUCGCUGUGGUUCAGAAACGCCCACAACCCUGACAUCAACCAGCUGGCUAAGGAGAACUUUCCCAAGCUUGAGUCCAGGAAGUUCCUUCCCCUGAUCUAUCAGCUAGCUGCUCGUAUGGGGACCAAGUCUCAGGGCUCUCCCGACUUCCAAAGCACACUGCUGCAGUUGAUCGAGCGUGUUGCCACGGACCACCCGUACCAUUCCCUGUACGUGGUGCUGGCGCUGGCCAACGCUGACCUGGAUGGGAAGUUCAUAGGUCAAGGGAAGAGGGUCACCAAGCUGUCACGCAGUCAACACAGCCAGAACUCAGAUGUGGAGGGGGAAGAGGCGCGUACCACGGUAGCGGUGCAGGUGUUAGAGAAGGUGCGAGUGCAGAAGGGCAGGCUGGUACAGGACAUGCAGGGGCUGUGUGAGGCGUACGUUCAGCUCAGCAACCUGGAUGGCAAAGCAUGGAAAAUGGAGAACGAAAGGCUGAAAAGACCCAACAAACUGAGCAGCCGUGAAUCUAUGCUGAUGAAAGUGAAGGAUCUGACUACAGUGGCUGUACCAACCGUUGACAUCAAGGUGGACCCCACUUGUUGCUAUGACGACAUCGUGUACAUCCGGGAAUUCGACCCUAGCGUGAGCUUCCCUGGUGGCAUCAACGUUCCCAAGGUCAUCACGUGUCAGGGGUCAGAUGGUGUCUGGAGAAAACAGCUGGUCAAGGGCCGAGAUGACCUGCGGCAGGACGCCGUCAUGCAGCAGGUGUUUGGACUGGUCGACUCCCUGCUGAAGAAGGAUGAAGAGAGCAGGAGGAGGAAGCUCAGCAUCAGGACCUACAAGGUUAUCCCCAUGUCAAAACAGAGUGGGCUGGUACAGUGGUGCGAGGGAACCAUGUCUGUCGGAGACUAUCUCAUCGGCACCUCCAGGAAGCCGGGGGCGCACGUCCGCUACUACCCCAGGGACUGGCAGCCAGGCGACUGCAGGAAAAGAAUACAUGAGAAGGGUGGUUCACGGUCGGACGAGCGGUUGCGUGUGUUUCGGGAGGUGUGUCGACACUUCCACCCCGUGAUGCACCACUUCUUCAUGGAGAAGUGGCCUGACCCCAUGGACUGGUUCGAGAGGAGGCUGUGCUACACCAGGAGUGUCGCAACUUCAUCAAUCGUUGGGUAUGUGCUGGGCCUGGGAGACAGACACUGUCAGAACAUCCUCAUUGACACCAACACAGCGGAGCUGGUGCACAUAGACUUAGGUAUUGCCUUUGAGCAGGGGAAGCUGCUGCCCACCCCAGAGACUGUCCCGUUUAGGCUAACCAGAGAUAUUGUCCACGGUAUGGGGGUGACUGGGGUGGAGGGAGUCUUCAGGAGAUGUUGUGAAAAGACGAUGGAAGUGAUGAGAAGUUCCCACGAGGCCCUGCUGACCAUCGUGGAGGUCCUGCUGUAUGACCCCCUCCAUGCGUGGACCCUAACCCCCAUGCAAGCCCUCAAGCUGCAGCAGAUCGAUGCCGACACCACCGGCGCAGCGGACAUCUUUGAGAACGACUCGGGCCCGAGCAACGAGAACAAGGACAUGAGUGAGAGGAACAAGGUGGCAGCGCAGGUUCUGAUGAGACUAGAGGACAAACUGAAGGGUUUGGAGGAGGGGAUGGUCCUGAGUGUGAGCGGACAGGUCAACAUGCUCAUCCAGACUGCACGCGACCCCAGCAACCUCAGCAGACUGUACUCAGGCUGGCAGGCCUAUCUGUAGAUAGUACAAACAGCACAGCAAAGGCUGGCAGGCAAUACAACGUAGGCAAUGCCAAGCGACUUCAUCUCAGCAGGCCUAUCUCUAGACUCUAUACAGAAACUUCAGCAGACCCUACUCCAAAUGGCCUUUCUCUCAUAAGAUAAUAUACAUGCAGGCAACGACCUCUGAGUCAGCAGACUACUCCAGCUGGCAGGUAUUAUAGGCAGUAACUUCAGAGGACUCUACUUAGACUGA